AUGAAUUUUAACUUAUUAUCUAACGAAAUCUUCCUUGCUUUCUUUGAAUAUUUGAAUGGUGAUGAUAUUCUUCAUGCAUUUUAUGGUCUCAAUGCUCGUAUCAAUGCUCUUCUCUACAAACAACAUCGAUGUUAUUUCUUCAAGUUCUCGUCACUGUCCAAACCUUAUUUUGAUCUAAUAUGUCAACAACAUGUUCCAAUGAUUGCUGAUCGCAUUCUUGCUCUUCAUCUUUCCGACUUUAAAUCAACUCCAGAACAAAUUAAUCUAUUUGUUUCUUAUAUAUCAUCAUUAAGACAAUUCACUCAUUUACGUUCACUUUCAUUAUCUUAUCUUAGUUCAAAAGAAAUUCUAUUAAAAAUCGCCAUUGAAUUGCCUCAUCUUGUUCAACUUACUCAUUUAAAGCUGUAUACUUGCCAUUUUCCAGAUUAUAAUGAAACGGACUUCGAAUUGCUGACGAAAAAUAUUUGGAACUUGCCAAACUUAACUCAUUGUUAUUUCAGGCUUCUUCAGAUAAAACAACAACCGUUUAUUAUAUUGUCAAAGAUCUCGUCAUCAGUCACAUAUUUAUCUAUCAAUCCUGAGGCAUUAAACUUUAAUUCAAUCAAUCGAUUGUUUCAAUAUACACCUAAUCUCAAAUAUCUUCACGCCCAUAUUCAUUCUUCUGACCAUAAUGACGAUUAUAUAAGAUCAUCUUUUUCAUCAUUGACCAUUUUAAAGAUUUUUAUCAAUGCUCAUUCAUCGAAAAUCAUCUCAUUUUUACGAAAUACACCGAAUUUACAUUGUUUGAAGAUUACUAUGAAAUGUUGCAACUUCAUUGAUGGUUAUCAAUGGGAAGAUCUCAUACGUAACUAUCUACCAAAACUAAAAACAUUUCACUUAUCAAUGGGAAAUUUAUCUAUUAUUCGACCAAUGACAGAAGAACAAAUUGAUGAAUUUAUGAAUUCAUUUGGUAGUUCAUUUUGGAUUGAUGAACAUCGAUGGUUUUUUCGAUGUAUGUGUGAUAAAUUAUUAAUUCGUUUUGAGACCGUGUCGGACGCAUUUUAUUAUAUUAAUAACAAAUUUCCUAGUAUGUUCAAAUCAAUAGAUUCACAAGACAAGACUGAAAGACUUCAUACUUCUAUGAGUAGUUUUCUGGAUGUAAUGCGUUUCAAUCAAUCAAUUUCAUCGAAGAUUUAUUUUUCAAAACUUUGCUCUGUUUCAGUAAAAUUUCCUAUCAAUGAUCAAUAUUGGUCGAUGAUUUCAAAUUUACAUCAAGUCUCAUCACUUUUAUUAGAUUUCUCUACUUAUUUUUCACAAUCUGAAUUGCAAGCGCUUCUCAAUCGAAUGCCUGAUCUUCGCUCAUUGACUAUUCAUCAAGAUGCAUCAUUACCUUUCCCAAUGUCACUAUUUAAUUGUACAUCUUCAUCAAUUUAUUAUUUAUAUUUACAAUAUUGUAAACAUUAUUUCAAUGAAGAAGAUUGUAUUAUAUUAAGUCAUUCUUCAUUGACUAGUCAGUGUAAAUACCUUGACAUUCUAGUGAAGAAUCGUGAAAGUAUUACGAUUAUUGUAAACAACAUCACCAGUCUUUAUGCAUUACGUGCUCGUUUUACGGAUGAAGAAAUCUAUGAACUUAAGCCUUCAAGAAUAUGUAACAACGUUGACGAUGAAGAUAUUCAAUGGUUGAUUGAUCAUUUACCAUCAACCUGUACAAUAAGUAGAGAUCCAUCUGGUAUUAAUGAUAUUCAGAUAUGGAUUAAAUAA